CAGGUUCCGGUGGCAGGACUGAGGCUGAGCAGGUAUGCUCUUGGGGGAGUGUAGUCGUACCAGUAGGCUACUGGAGGCUCUGUGUGGCAGGAGGAGGGUGAUGGUGUCGAUCAUGAAGCUUCCCUGCUCCUUCUACUGCUCCCUCUGGUUCCUCCUGCUCUUGGGGGCCGGGUCUUUACUCCUCCUCGUACACCUCCAGGACCUCUCAGACAUGCUCCAACAGCAGACCCCAGGUGCAAAGUUGAUGGUUGCUCCAAGGUGGCCAAUUCCAAAGGAGCAGUCCUUUGACAGUGCAGUCGUUAUAGGCAUCAACCUGGGUGGAGGUUUCCAUGGAGCACCAGGGGUAGAGAUGUCCUCUUACCCCAGCCUCCCUACUCCUAGCCCCAGACAACCUCCAGCCUUCCAGUGGCUGCCCCACCCAGCCACCCCAACCUCUGGGGACCAGCAGGCCGAGAGCACCAGGCAACCCCUCACCAAACGCCACAGGAAGCUGCUGUUAAAGAGCGGGUCUGUAACCCCUAGUGGUGCCCGCUCUGGUGAAGAGGACAGUCGGCUACAGGGCCUGGCGCAAACCCAGGCGUCCCGCCGCCGCCUGCUCAGGGAGGUCUGCUCCAAAUACCAGCCGGGCGUCACCGAGCACCCCGUGUCCCGCCGGCAGGUGUCCCGUGUCUACGUGGAGGACAGGUCAGGUCUGCUGUACUGUGAGGUGCCCAAAGCUGGCUGCUCCAACUGGAAGCGGGUGCUGAUGGUCCUGGGCGGCAGCGCCACUUCCACGCACAUCAUCGCACACGACGACGCCCACUACGCCAACCAGCUCCGCCGACUGGACGCCUUCGACCAGGCGGGCGUGGCCAAGCACCUCCGCUCCUACACCAAGGUCCUCUUCGUACGGGAGCCCUUCGAGAGGCUUGUGUCGGCCUUCCGUGACAAGUUUGAGAGCCCCAACUCGUACUACCACCCGGUGUUCGGCCGGCCCAUCAUCUCCCGGUACCGGGCCAACGCCUCACGCUCCGCCCUGAGGACCGGCGCCGGGGUCACCUUCAGAGAGUUUGUCCAGUACCUGUUGGAUGUGAGGCGGCCCGUGGGCAUGGACAUCCACUGGGAGCCGGUCAGCCAGCUUUGCAGCCCCUGCCUGCUGCGCUACGACUUCAUCGGGAAGUUCGAGAACCUGAAGGAGGAGGCCAACUUCCUGCUACGGAGCAUCGGGGCACCUAGAAACCUAACUUUCCCUGACUUUAAAGACAGGAACCCAAAGGCAGAAAGGACUUCCUCCUCCAUCACCCAGAGAUACUUUGAACAAUUGAACUCCACAGAAAGACAGAGGGCCUAUGACUUUUAUUACAUGGAUUAUCUGAUGUUUAACUACCCCAAGCCCUUUAAAGACCUGUACUGAGGUACUGGCUGGAUUGCCAGGUUGAGGUUAUUAAUAUGAACACUACGGAAGAGAUUAUUAUCCUGUGGGACUUGAAUAAGCACUACAGGCACAAUCAUGUAAAAUAUUAUUUUUUACAGGUCUUAUUUACAAAUGGCUAAAAUAAUGAUUUAAUGUAAUUACUUUGGACAUAGGUUGUAGGCCUACAGCUUUUUGUCAUAAAGCUUUGUAUAGUGUUUCAAAUGCAUUUGCAUUGAUUGGCAGAUCAGUGACUUCUAUGAAGUGACCUGUACUUUGGGUAAAGAAUUAGUGAUCUGUUAUUGUCACAUUUUUUCAGCCUUGUUAUGUGAAGGUAUACUUUUUGGUCCUCUUCAAUAAUGUGUAUUCUUAUUCUGCAGGCUAAGUUUAUGAAAAGAAGGGAAAGAGAGAGGCUAGAUAUACUCUCCCAAAGCAAAGACUAGUGUUUGCAGAUACUGUAACGGAUUUCAUAGCUACUGCUUACUGAUGAGAAAUAGACCAUUUGAAUAUAAUUCAGUUUGAUUUCAAAACCACACUAGCUCUUUUAUUUAACCUUUAUUUAACUAGGCAAGUCAGUUAAGAACAAAUUCUUAUUUACAAUGACGGCCUACCCCCCCGCGUCCAAACCCUCCCCUAACCCGGACGAUGCUGGGCCAAUUGUGCACUGCCCUAUGGGACUCCCUAUCACGGCCUGUUGUGACACAGCCUGGGAGCAAACCAGGGUCUGUAGUGACUCCUCUAGCACUGCAAUGCAGUGCCUUAGACCGCUGCGCCACUCGGGAGGUCUUGGGGUAUUUGUUUUGUAUUUUACAUACAGUACAUGAAAUAGACUUGUUACAGUAUAUUACUCAAAUACAGAAACACAUGAAAUAAGGGACAGGAAAAAUAUAUCAAUGCAAGUUUCUUAAACUAUGGAUCGGGACCCAAGGUGGGCCUUGGGCAUGUCAGAUAUGGGUCGCGAGUUGAGAGAAUACAACUAUAAAUCACACACUAUUUCUUCUUAAUUUGGGUCACGGGAGGACAGUCAAUUUAUAAUUUGGGUCUCGAGCUGAGAAAGUUUAAGAAUCCGUGAAUAGAGGAGGAAAUAGUGGCAUUACUAUAUAGUAUGUUGGUUCAUUGCAUAUAUCCUUCCAGAUGUAUCUGAGGGUAAAUUAUCUUUCAAUCUGUUGGUAAUUUAUAUUGAAACAUAUGAUUUCGUUUUUGGGUAAUUACAGUACAAGUCAAAAGUUUGGACACACCUACUCAUUGAAAUAUAUUUUAGAUUCCUCAUUUCC